AUGCGUGGCACGGUGACGCUACUAACAGUGGGCACUCUCAUCACUGCCCACGUACCACCAACACACCACGAGACACCACUUCGAACCCCUGCACCACACAACAAGACACCAACACAGAGCACCAACACACCACGAGACACCACUUCGAACCCCUGCACCACACAACAAGACACCAACACAAAGCACCAACACACCACGAGACACCACUUCGAAUCCCUGCAGCACACACCAACACACCAACACAGAGCACCAACACACCACGAGACACCACUUCGAAUCCCUGUAGCACACACCAACACACCAACACACCACGAGCCACCACUUCAAUCCCUGCACCACACACCAACACACCUAGACAGAGCACCAACACACCACAAGACACCACUUCGAACCCCUGCAGCAUACACCAACACACCAACACAGACCACCAACACACCACUUCGAACCCCUGCAGCACACAACAACACACCAACACACUACGAGACACCACUUCGAACCCCUGCAGCACACAACAACACACCAACACACCACGAGACACCACUUCGAACCCCUGCAGCACACACCAAUGCAGACCACCAACACACCACGAGACACCACUUCGCAUCCCUGCAGCACACACCAACACAUCUAGACAGAGCACCAACACACCACGAGACACCACUUCGCAUCCCUGCAGCACACACCAACACAGACCACCAACACACCACGAGACACCACUUCGAACCCCCUGCAGCACACACCAAUGCAGACCACCAACACACCACGAGACACCACUUCGAAUCUCUGCACCACACACCAACACACCUAGACAGAGCACCAAUACAUCACGAGCCACCACUUCAAAUCCCUCCAGACUUUCACCAGGGGAUGUAG